AAAUACUUGGACUUGCAAUGAUUAUACUUUUGUGAGAGAAAGCGAUGGGAUUUCAGAUUUACUAAUUCGUAGUGAAACAUACAUACAAAAACAAAAGACAAAAUGGAUGAAUCUGUAGAUGUUUCUACAGUUAAUUUGUCGAUAUUGGCUGAUAAUACCGCCCAGCGUUCUUACAAGAGGACGGGCGAGUUCGAUAACCCCGCGUUCGUAGGCCCGCGGGACCCAGCAGCUGGUAACCAUGACGACAAAUAUCACACAACACUUAGUUUCGGGAAGUCGAGGUCUAAGAAAUCAAUCAUACUAGCAGUUACCAUAGUGACCGUAGUUUUACUAUUGCUUGGUUUAAUCGUUGCGAUUUUCUUCGUGACGUCAGGCGAUAGCACAGGGUCCGAAUCAACUUCUACAGAAGGAACAACAGAAACUAGACAGCUGGUGUAUGUUGGGGAGGCAGUCCUAACCAAUGAAAGUUGGUCAGAUGAUUUGUACGACCCUUUGACUCCAGCCUAUGUGCGCCUCCAGGCCAUCUUCAUUGCGGAGAUGGACGAAUUAUUCCAAAGUAAUGCCAGUACGGUAAAAACAUACAACUCCACAAUGGUGACAAGUUUCAGAGAGGGAAGCGUUGUUGUGCAGUUUCGCAUCCACUUUGUCACCAAGGUCGACCAAACAGGAGGUCUGGAUGACGUGAUUUCUCACGUGCCGUUGUCCCUAGUAAAAGCUAUUGUUGAAUCCGCUGAUAUCACUUUUAACGGAUCUGUUAGAGUAUACGAGGACAUCAAUCAAACGACUGAAUCUCCGCCUACUCAUAAACCUACUUCAACAGCAGCUGCAGUAAACUCUACAAUUGACCCAGACACAACUUCGAGCACAAACUCAAGGACAACCUCAACAACAACACCAACAACUUCUACUACUACUGCAGUCGAAUCAACAAGCCAAGCUAUUCUUACAUCCACGACUGAAUCUCCAAUUUCCACCCCUGAGUGCACUGCAUGGCAAUUUGUGUGUGUUUCGAACGGGAGGUGUAUUCCAGACACGUAUAUUUGUGACAAAUGGGACGACUGUGGUGACUUUUCUGACGAACUUGCAUGCAAAAAUUGCACGGAAUUCCGAUGCUCAGACGGUGCGUGUAUACCACAUUCCCAGCGCUGUGACGGUGUAUCACAUUGCGGGGACAAGACAGACGAGCUUGGAUGUCUUGGGCUGGACAGAGACUGUGAGUCUGGCCAGUUCCUAUGUGCCCGCUACUCUCAGUGUAUACCAGAGGUACUUAGGUGUGACGGCUUUCCACAUUGUGUUGACGGUACAGACGAAUGGUAUGGCUGCAACAUUAGUACCACCGCAAAGCCACACAUAGACUUUGAGGUUCGACUGAUCGACGGACAGACAGACACCACGGGAACCACGAGGCGGGGGCGCGUGGAGUUGCGUCCGGCUGGAAGUAACGUGGAUUACGGCACCGUUUGUGGUAACGUAUGGACGGAAACUGAGGCAACAGUUGUAUGCAGGAUGAUAGUUCCGGGUUUCAGUGGGAUCGCACAUGCCUUACCAAGUACAGUGUUUGGGGAGAGAUCACGUGAUAUCGUGUUGUCCCACGUGCGGUGCUAUGGUAACGAGACAAACAUUGGACAAUGCCAGUCACGUGGUUUUGGACAAGACACAGUCCACUGCUCCCACAGUCAGGAUGUGGGAGUAUCCUGUGAUGGUCCAGUGGACGUUCCAGAACCUCCAGAUAUUGGACAAGGACUGGCCGUGCGCCUUGCACGUGGCAGCACGUGUCUCGAGGGUCAGGUUCAGGUGCGGCACGCGGGGGAGUGGCGGCCCGUCUGUGAUGACGGGUUUGGGGAAAGGGAGGUUACCGUCGUCUGUCGUAUGCUUGGAUUUACUGCUGGUACGGGUAAGGUCAAGGACGAGUUUGGUAUUGGGGAUGGCCUAUUCUGGUUGGACGAUGUAAGUUGCCAUGGUAACGAGACCGACCUGGCACAGUGCGAAUCACUCCAACGAGGCGAACACAAUUGUGAAUACUAUGAAGCUGUUGGAAUCAUUUGUGAUGGAGAUCCGGCCAUCGAAUGCGCUGACAUUCCCUGCUCAACUAGCGUCAACUGUUCCUUUGACGAAGAAACUUGUUGCUAUGAGUUCUCCGCACCCUCUGAGCGGGGUCGUGGUCCUAACCCCUGGAGUUGGGGCGUGCCACAAGGAAUCGACAUAUCAGGUCGAGUGGUGUAUUACCAUAACGAGUUCGGGAACCAAGGUGAUACGGCUUACCUAGCUAUUCCCAACAUAACAUACACUGAUCGUCUCUUAAAACUAGAGUUUCAGUACCUGCUCCGAUCAUCCGGUUUCUGUUCGUUGCGGCUUGUAACGAGUAACGGAUCAGAGAUCUGGGGCAGCGAAACAAAGCCUGCAGAGCUGGAGAACACGUGGAUCCACCAUUGUGUGCACUUACAAGGCGAUAGUUCGCGCAAUGAGGAUGCAACGGACCUGGUUCAAUUUGUCGCAAGUCGAGGAUCAAAGGCAACACUGCUUGUUGCAUUAGAUGACAUAUCUCUGACAAGAGGGCAAUGCACAGACGGUAUCCGUGUUCAACCAUGCACUUUUGAGGAUGUAAACCUAUGUGGAGGGCGCAUACAUUGUACGAACUGUGCCGAUGAGUAUCGUUGGCACUUGGUUGCAGGAGACAUUAGUGUUGUAAACGGUGUGACAAAAGUCAACAGUUCCCUGCCAGGUCAUUUUCUACUUGCCGAUGCAUCAUUUGGAUCAAGCGGGGACAGGACUAGAGUCACAUUUUCUCUGUCUGACACCAACGCAAUGCACGGACUGACUUUCAGCUGUUUCAUAGCUGAACAUUUGAAAAGUUCGCUUGUGGUUCAUUUAGUUACGGGGACAGAGGAUACAAUAGUAUGGAGUUCAGAUGAGGCGUAUAUGGAUUCAAAUUCAUGGCAACGCGCAUGUGUAACUCUUCCAAAUUAUGUAACCAGUAGCCAUAUUGCGUUCGAAGCUAUUCGUGGCGAUGGAACGUUUGCCGACAUCGCAAUCGAUGAUAUUGGACUAGGAGAACUUUGUAAACAUCCGGCUACCUGCGAUUUUGAAGACGGAUUGUGCGGUUACACGGUCCUCUCAGCCAAUUCGAGCAAAUUCAGAUGGGCACACAGCAAUGACGCUGUAUUCCAAGGCGAGCAGCCAGCCGUCCGGCUCGUGGGUGGGGAAAAUCAAUAUGAAGGACGUGUGGAGGUAUUUCACGACGGAGAAUGGGGAACGGUAUGUGACGACAGUUGGGAUGCAAAGGACGCCGCGGUCGUAUGCAAGCAGCUUGGCUUCCGAGCGGAGAACGCACAAGCGUAUACAAGGGGUCAUUACGGAUCCGGUGUGGGAUACAUCUGGAUGGACGAGGUCAGUUGUGAAGGGACAGAAACCAGUUUGGCAGAGUGUCCAUUUGAUGGAUGGGGACGUGAGGACUGUGGUCACUCCGAGGACGCCGGUGUUUCCUGUGACCCUGGCUCAGACCCCGGUGAAAUGUUAGGUGGUCAUAUCAGGUUGUACGACAAUAGUGCGCCCUUUGGGCUGUCUUCUAAGUUGGUCUCUCGGACAUUUGACGUUAAAGAAGAUACAUACGUCAUGUUCACUGUCAGGAUCGAGGCCACCGGCACAUUCCGGUAUCUAUUGGUCGACGAAGGCAACAGUGUCGUUCUAGAAGGUGGACGUCUUGGGGUACAGUACGAUAGCGAAGAAAGAGUGUGUUUUGAUUUGAUUGGUCUUCCGCUGCGGGGCGUUAAAGUCGCGUUCGAGGCUUGGACAGAAGGGUCUAUGUUGGCGGACAAAAUGGGACUCGAUGAGGUGGCAGUAGCUAGAGGCAGAUGCAAAGAUAUAAUCGUCAACAACUGCGACUUUGAGAAGAACCACCGCCUUUGCAAAAUAGCAAUCCGUUCUGCGCCAACCCUGGUGGACGGAUGUACCAAUGACUACACAUGGAGAAGGCUGGGCGGUCCUUAUUACACUUCCGGUGUUGGUGACCACACGACUGCGAGUGCCACUGGUCAUUACCUUGAGAUUAAAUCGUCACCUGCAUUUCUUGAAAACUCGAAAGCACAUGCUGUAUUUACCAAUCCCGAACCCAGGAAAAACCGACGCGUUAUUGUUCACUACAGAGUAUUUGCAGUUGAAAACAAUUCUGUUUUAGAGGUUGUUACUCGGAUAAAUGGAACCCUUAAAUCAGCUAUAUCCCUAGUUGCAAAACUGACGUCACUCCCUGCAUGGCACAGCGCAUGUACAGAUAUUGAAUCAAGUUUUGAGAGCAUCGACGUUGUUGCGGAAAGAAUUAGCGCAAUCAUUGACGACGUCCAAUGGGACACUAAAACGUGCUUUGAUUCAGACGUUAGUUGCGAUUUUACGGAUCAACAGAUGUGUGACUACGUAAUGGAGCCCGGCUGGAAGUCAAUUGUUGAGGAUGAUGAACACUUUCUUCGGGCAUUUGGGAACGAGCACCAGCUGCUCACACCCAAAUUCGGAACCGAAAACGAUUCGUUUUGUAUUGUAUUAACGGCAAGGGCAUCGAGUGAUAAUUUGGUCGCAGAAUCUCCAGAACUCAUUGUAACAUUGUUAGUGAUUGACUCGAGUAAUGAAGAGACGCAAAUACCUAUCUGGGAUCCGGUAGUCCCUGUGACGAGUAUUCUUUGGAGUAACGUGAACAUAAAAAUUCCGUAUGACGGACUCUUUAGAAUCCAACUAUCAGCAAAAGGUUUAGAUGACAGCAAUUUUCUUGAUGUUACGAGAGUACAACUGUCAACCAUAUGUGAUGUUCAUGAAUGCCAAAAUGGUUUUGUUUCUUGUAAAGGAAGACUUUGCAUUCGGGAAACAGAGGUUUGUUUCAAUCUCGACCUUUGUCCUGAAGCCUUGGAAACAUUUUGCAAACCGACGGUGAACUGUAGUUUUGAUAGCCAAUACAGUUGCGGAUGGAAGCAUACAAAUGCCGCUGUUGAAGAUGGGAAACUUCUUCUCCUGGAAACCCGGUUAACAAUUACGGAGACACCAAUUGCAAACAUUAAAGAACCUUCUUGCCUGCUCUUCAAGGCUUUUGGGGAUCGAUAUAAGGCACAAUUGAGGGUCAAUGCAAACACUACAGGGGAACUCAUCGAAGUCGGAAAUUAUAUAACAAAAUGGAAUAAGUGGGUCGAAUACAAAGUUGCACUUUCCGUUGGUAUGUACAGUAUAAUAUUUGAGGCACAAAACGAUUCGAUCAGGAUAGAUGAUGUCCGGCUGAAAAAUGGGGCUUGCAACUAUGAUUGCAACGACGAUGAAUCCUCUUGCAUGGAAAGUGAUGCAUACGGCAACACUAUUUUGCAAUGUAUCUCAAACACAACAUUUUGUGAUAAAGUGUUUGACUGUGGAAGUGGAUUUGACGAAUUGAGUGAUGACUGUGAAAAUAGCAUUUCAUGCGAUUUUGAAAAUGCGGAUAACCCAUCUUGCGGGUAUAAUUUGGGGAACGGAAUUAAUGUGCAUACUAUUGGAAAAGAUAGAACGGUUUUGAUAUAUGACUACACUGUGACUGACUCCACCUUUAUUCAAAUGGGAAUUUGGAAUCUGUCGAGUACACGCUGUGGAAUCAAUAUGAGCGUUAUAACAAAUAGCGUAGACAGCGUCGACUCAGAGGACAGAUAUGCAUAUUUUCGUAUCCAAUUGCACGGCACAGAUUCUGUGGUUUACACCUUCGGAUCUUAUUUGGACAUAUCAGUUGAUAAUUCUUGGUAUUCCUUUAUAACAGAAAGCGACAGUCUUUUCAAACUUGGUGAUCAGGGCAUACCGAAGGUACCUGAUGGCCUGUAUUUAGUGACACUAAAGAUGUAUGCUAAUGGCGUUAUAAUUGGGAUUGAUGAUGUUUCACAGCUAGAUUGUACAGGUGUAGAGAUCACAACAGGCCGGACUACAACUCCAAGUACUGAAGACACUUCCGAUACAGUCGAUGGCUAUACCACUUUGUCCAUUACUAGCUCAAACACAUCUCCUGCGGUAUUAGAUGACAUCACGCUGGUUUGUCAGGCUAGAAACAUAUCGGACAUGAAUGUAAUAUUUCAUUGGUACACAAACGGAAGCCAACUAGCUAGAAAUUCGGACGUAUUGCAACAAAAGAAAAUUUCAUAUUCCAAAGACAUCACCUAUUUAAAAUACAGCGCCUUGAUAUAUACUCAAACGGAAUUGAAUUCAACACAAUCCAGCCUUGUUAUUCGAAGGGUGAACCAUGAGGAUAGCGGGACGUACCAUUGUGUCGUUGAAUUGGACGAACAAAACACAUCUACUUCCAUAGAUGUGAAUGUUGAAGACGUUAACAUGGGUGUUGCAAAUGAUGACGGAUGUUACAGAACCACAAAUGCCCAAUGCUUUGAAAGGGGUUACAAAAAUAUCAGUUAUCAAGGUGCAUACGGCGUUCUUGAUGAAGCAAAGGCGUUAAUAUACCUCGAACAAACCCAGAAACACCUAUCUGAUAUGGAUACUUCCUUACCAGCACAUUGUUUCGACGCUCUCCAAAGCCUUGUGUGUCGGCUGUUUACGCCGAAAUGUAAUGGCGGAAAUCCAGUACAUAUUUGUCAGGAAGAUUGUAAAGACAUUGUCAACAAAUGUGACAAGAACUCUUCAAUUUUGCAAUACGGAUGCCAAUUCCUGUCUAGUAUGCUGAAGGACGAAACUUGCAGUCGCCUAGCCUACAACAAUGUGAACACAACCCUUCAACAGUCGUCGGGGACAAUUAUAUCAUCUGGAUAUCCAUUGGCCAUAACUGCAAAUCAAGACAUCGUCUGGAAUGUAUUGGUAGAAAAAGGGCACUACAUGGAAUUUGAAAUUGUUGAGUUUGCUGCUUCGUCUUUUGGCACUGAUCCGUGUUUUCUAAAGAUUUACGAAGGAGGCGAAGAAAGCAGUGGUUUACAAUUGCCUUGUGAACAGAUCACGGAAUCAAUUAUUUACAACUCAACAGGGCGGUUCGCACAUGUCCAUUUUAAGUCAGGAUUUUCUAUAACAGGCAAAGGGUUCUACAUAAGAUUUCGCAAGAUUCCUGUAAACCAUUGCCACGUUGUAAAUCUUGGAAUAAACGAUCAUUUGUCAUUUGCGGUAGAUGAUGAAAUUGACUGUAGGGACUUUAUUGUGUUACUACAUGCGGACAGUGUGUUAAGCAUUUACAUUGAGUACAUGGACAAUGGCUGUUUGAAUAUGUCAUCAGAAGACAUAAUUUUAUAUGAAUACUGUACGGAUAUUCCACACAAGAAAGACUUAUUGAUUAAGAACCAUACAGAGGUGCGAGUCCAGUUAACGGAAAAAACAGACGUUCGGUUUAAGCUCCAAUCGGUACUAAGUGAACCAAAGGUAGAUGACAUAUCGUUGGACAACAUGGGCAGAAUUAUCGUUGCAAGUGAAGAAAGGGUUGGUGUGUUAUGUGGGGAGAUCCUGCAAACAACCGCGAACGUGCUGUGUAGAUCAUUCGGCUUAGGGUGGCCUGGAACAGUUGAAUCUGUGUCGGAGUCAUCAGACAGUUUACAGAAACUUGUUAACAGUAUAGAGUGCCUUGGAAAUGAAUCCCAUGUGAAAGACUGUAACAUUAAAGUUGCGGAUAUUGGCCAGACAUGUGAUAUUGAAAACACAUAUGUUGUGCAAUGCAGAGCAGCAUCACUUGCCUGUGAUUUUACAGUAAACACCUGUGGUUAUGAUAUGGAUUUAUACAAUUUUGACCGGUCAGAUACAUAUGGAAUAUUUUUUAGAAUUGAAAAUUUGCUUACUCGUUCAGCGUUUGGGAAACUACAGUCCCCUCCAUUUGUAGCAUCCGACGAUCUGUUUUUGCGCCUUGAAUACAUAAUAGGAGGACACUUUAUUGACAUCAGCAUAAUGUUGGAAUACAUGGAUACAAAAACCGAACCUGUAGCUACUCAUGCUUGGACAUCUUCAUCAUUACUCACGGCUGGAAAAUAUAAAGACUGCGUUGCCUUAACUUCGACGAACAAUAAAUGGGUACAUCUUGUUGUGGUAUUUAAAAGCAAAGGUGUCGUGCAGAAUUCUCCGACGGGAUUACAAACAAUUGACGUUUCAUUUGAACCUUGUGCAGCAAAUGAGCCGUUUGAUGUUCAAUGUGAUUUUGAAAAUCUUGGAGCUUGCGAAAACCUCCUGACAUUAUCCUCACCACGAUGUCCAUCAGCCAUAUUGUUCCCAGAAAGACAUAGUUUUAUAUUUGAUGCCACAAUGAACAGACAAGUGCCCUGGAACACAGAUGCAUUGUCUUUGGCAGAUGGUCACUUCCUACAGAUCAAUAACGGCGCGGAUAUAGUCUCUGUCAAUAGCAUCAACACAAAUCGCUACCGGUACUUGAGCUUUUAUUCCAGAAUCAACAACGGAAUGGGAUCUUACACUAACACGGUAGAAAUGAGUUUACGCAUCCAAACCAAUAAUGUUAUUCUAAAAGAGGUUUACGCUGAACAAGACAAAUGGACCCACGUUUGUGUUGAUCUGGAUUUAAUUGGUUCUGAUAUUUCUAUAAGGCUUGGCAUCGAUACUGGAAAUUCUGAACUACCAGAAGCGUACGCGGACUUGGACAACAUUAUUCUUUCAAAUAACUCAUGCGAUGAUAUCUUAUGCGGGUUUGAAUCCAGCUGUGUAAAGUAUUUCAAAGAUGCUAAAAAUCCGUCGCAGAGCGCGUUACAGUGGAAUAUUUAUUCAACGGAAGCAUUUUCUUUAAAAGGUAAUGUAUUUGGUGUUUCAAUGACGGUAGGGGAAGAAGGCGAAAGUGCCAUGCUGGAAAUAGACGAUACAUUCUAUAAAAACAUAGUACCGAAAUGCAUAAAGUUCCAGUAUUACGUUUCGGGAUCUAACAGUUUGGCUGUUAGGUUUUCAGGAGUAAGCUCUCGCACAGUUUAUGUAAAAAACAAUACGUUUACUCAAGAGUGGCUAAAUAUGGAACUUAGUGUCGAUGCUGGAACCCAAAAUAUUGCAUUUAAAGCAAUUAAAGGUGUGAGCGGAGGUUUUGUUGCUAUUGAUGAUGUUGCAGUUGAAAAACAACAUUGUCAAACGGAAGGACUUCAACCUGAAAGACCCGUUUGCACGUUUUCCGAUCCAUUGUUUUGUGAUUUGCAUUUCCAAGAAUCCUCUAGUUUUCCUUGGAUAAGAUUAAGGGCAGAUGAUGGAAAUAGCAAAGUGUUGUAUGAUGCAGACGGAACAAGUACCGGAUACUUUAUGCAGUUGUUUGGUGAUUCGCUUACGGAGACAAUUGCAACUUUUAGAAUAACAGUGACAGGAAUCGCUGCUUCCUUCAGCUUUAACUAUAAAGCCUCAUCUUCAGACGUGAGAUUAUCCGCAGGAAAUAAUAUGAAUUUUAUGACAGAUAUAACUGUGAAUAUUGUUGAUGAGUGGCAGACGUCCCCUUGUCUUGACUUACAUUUGAAUAACAGUGAUCCAAAUUAUAUUUUUGUUCAGGCAACGCUUUCUUUCAAUGAAUAUGUGGCAGUAGACAACAUAAUGAUUCAUGAUGAAUGCCUUGAAAGUUUAAACUCGAUAUCGUGUGACUUUACACGGAAGAAACUUUGUGGGUUCAAAAACAUUGCAAAUGCAUGGACGUAUAAACCAUCUGGUAUCAUUGCAUAUGGUGAUGCUGUUUUGAAGGCCCCUAUUAUUCAAUCAACAGGUGUCAAAUGUCUACGGUUUGACUACGCUAUUCAUACUACAAACUCUCUAGAAGAGCAGCCAGUGUUUAGUAUAGUUAACAAUUAUGAACAAAUCUGGAGUCAAAAGGGAAGUUUAAAGAUAGACGAUGUUAUACAGCAUGGACAGGUUCAAGUUUCUGGAGAUAUAUUGCGUGUAGAGUUUCGGAGUCAUGGGAUUGGGCUUUUCCUUUUGAAAAGCGUCGAGCUGCUGGAAAGGGACUGCAUUGAAAUAAUUGCUUGUGAUCAACAAUCGGACUUUGCAUGCAGCGACAGAUGCAUACCAUUGUUAAAACUAUGUGAUCGCACAGUGGAUUGUGUCCAAGAUGGACUUGAUGAAACCAAAGAACGAUGUGAAUUUUCUCAGCAGAUAUCAUUCAGUUCUGUUGGAAACAUAGAAAGUACGGGAUACAUGUCAAUCUUAAACUCAACAUGGUACCUAAAUGCUGGAACUUUACAAACCACGUUUACAAUACUAACUUUGAAACCUUCGGUUUUGGAAUCAUUUGAAUAUCAUGUGAAGCAGAGAUCAUGUUUUACCAUGGCAUAUUUUGGGGACGUUUCUUCAAUUAAUGUAACCACGGAGUACCACUACCAAAUUACAGAAUCGUUCGUUUUUAAUGUUGUUCCAAGAACGGAUUUAAGACAUUUAGCCGUACCUAUAAGUGUUGGCAACGUGCGAGUGCGUAUAUAUGUCCAUAUGGUAAAGGUUACUCCGAGAAUAAUGUCAGCUCUACCAAACACGGCUUCAUUCGGAAUACAUAGCAUUAGUAUGGAUGAAGGCGAAUGUUACAACAUAGGAAAUGAUUGUCCGUCAACUAUACCACACCUGUGCUUAGAUGGAAGUUCAUGUUACACUGAGGAUGAACGUUGUAAUCUCAAUAAGGACUGCCUGGACAAUUCCGAUGAAACGAAAAGCUGUGGGCAUGGAAUAACAUGCGAUUUUGAGAAGGGGGAUAUGUGUGGGUACACAAACGUUUCGUCACCGAGGGUACACUGGGACGACCUCGACGUCGUUCGAUAUAUGCAAACACUUUGGCAACGACGAGCUAGCAAUCAAAUAACAAGACCUUCGUUCGAUCACACAUAUUCAGAAGUAGGCCGAGGACAUUUUAUGACAUCAAAGAAUCAUGAGGGCUUAAUGGAUGAACUACGCUAUGUGGAUAUUGAGACCAUGAUAUCACCCGCCCAAGCAUUCACUGAAGAUGGCUGCAUUACAUUUUGGUACUACUUAAACAGUACUAACCACCAACCAAAGUCAACAACAGCGCAGAUAUUUGUAUAUUUACAGUAUGAUGAUACAAAAGAGGAGCAAUUAUUAUGGUAUGACCAUGUAAACAGACAUUUUACAACUUGGGUUCAGGGUGGCGUUCCCGUUGCAGCUAACAUUUCGGCUAGACUGAGAGUUACCGCAAGGACGUCCAUUUCCCAUGACACGUAUACAGGCGCAGUGUCCUUUGACGAUGUAGAAUACGUCACAGGAGAGUGUAACACAACUCGUAUAGAAUGUGACGCCGCAAUGAUACGUUGUUCUGAAGCAGUGUGUGUACCUGACAAUUUAUCAUGUGACGGUAACAAUGACUGUCAGAAUGGCGAAGAUGAGCGGCAUUGUGAUCGACCAAAUGGAGCAUUUAAGCUGCUAGGUGGAGAUGACAGCUAUGGGAAAGUUGGAUAUUUUUACAAUAAGAUCUGGAGACCAGUAUGCUAUCCUUCGGGACAGGCAGAACAAGAAAUGUUCUCACUGCAUACAGCUACCCAUAUUUGCCGGGAACUUGGAUUUAGAGGAAAUGCAGAAGCUUUCAGUGACCGGCUGUGGGAAGCGCACGUUACAACAACAAUAUCGCUUACGUGCAAUACAGACGGACAAUGUUCGACCUAUGUUGGCCAUGGCGAAUGUGAUAAAUACACGUAUUUAAGAUGCUCAAAUGAUGUAUGUUUCUCGAAUGAGAUAUCAUGUCCUGGAACAACGUCCAAGUGCAUCCCAAGAUCUAUGUUCUGUGAUGGCCACUCCGAUUGUCCCGAGUCCGGCGAUGAGCAGGACUGCUAUUGCGAAGGUCAAGCGAUAAACAAGACAUGCUCACUUUUCGAAACCGAAUGUAAAAACUGUGUAACCUGUGCCAGCGCCGGAGGAUAUGAAUGUCAAAACCACGAAUGUUUGCCUUUAUCUGCGAGAUGUGAUGCAAAACAAGAUUGUGCUGACGGCACGGACGAAUACAAAUGUGUCCAGAUUCUUAAAAACGGAACUACGACCGUGUUUUAUCAAGAUAAAGCCAAUGCCGUGUAUGAACGCAUGACCAUAUGCGUGGACAGAAUCACCAAAGUUGACGCCGACAUCCUGUGUUCAUUAGCUGGACAAGGGUUUAUAAAGGAGAUCACUACGCAAAAACAGUCGAUUUCUAACGGCCUUGCCCUAAGAGAAGAUGGAUACAAAUAUCAUGACCUUACGUUAGGUGCCGUAAGUAACUGUUUUCCGGUACGGUUGAUCUGCCAAAUGCCAGAGUGUGGUACCACCGCAAACCAAGACAACUUGGUUGAUACGUUUAUUAUCAGAGGUGACGAUGCUUACAUCGAAGACUGGCCCUGGUUUGCCCUAGUUAUGGUUGGGACCAACUUACUGUGUGGCGGGACUCUCGUACAUCCAUCAUGGAUCGUCACUGCUGCACACUGCCUUGACUUUAUUGACGAUUACCAGUAUCAGGUUCACCUCGGAGUUCAAUCUACAGCUGAACCAGGCGAUUGGUCACAAGUGAUUCCUGUGGAUCGAUAUCACGACUACGGAUAUAUUAACAGACCAUACCCGAAUUAUGACAUGGCGUUGUUGCAUCUUGAACAUGAAGCAUUGAUAACAAACUUCACACGACCCGUAUGCCUUCCUAAGGCAAAUGCCUACCGCUCGGUUGAAGCCUAUGUUGGUACCGAGUGUUUUGUGGUCGGAUAUGGGAUAACAGAGAAAAUGUUUAACGAUCCCACAGGCAGGUUAGAGGUUUCUCCAAAUCUUCGGAAGAAACGGGUGAACAUAGUUUCAUAUCAGUACUGCAAAGACAUAUGGCUACAAGAAAAUGGAUACUACAAUUUUCCAACUGACGUCAUUUGUGUAGGAACGGAAGGUCCCGAUUCCCCUAUAUGCUUUGGAGACUCUGGUGGACCACUCGUCUGCAGGGCAGACACUGCACGAUGGGAACUACUAGGUAUUGUAAGCUUUGGGUUCGGAAACUGCUUGCAUGACAUAGUUCCGAGUGUGUUCACGUCUGUACCCCACUAUACGGAGUGGAUAGACAAGCAUUCAGGAAUUUACAGCAAGUCUUUUCCAGAAAACUAAAAAGCGAAAUGCGUAGUGUUUCAAUCACAAAUAUUUUGCCAAUACAAAAAAAACGUAUGUCAAUAUAAUAUAUAUGAUUUAUUCCCUUUCAUCGCAUCACAAUAUGUAUAUCAUUCCAGCACAUGCUAUCGCCUGUUAGUUACAUACAUGAUGAACAGUAUUUGUUAUUUGCUAAAAGAGAUGUAUAAUGAGUGUCUUGAUAUUACCUUGUUGUAGUUAAAACAUGUAUAAUGAAAUUAAUAAAAAUAUGGCUAGCA